GGGAGGCUGCGGUUGCGACGGCCGCCACACUCGCAACAGCUGCAACCGCGGCAACCGCUGCAACCGUUGCAACGCGUGCAGCCCCAUGCCCGCGGGCAAGACCUUCCGCCGGCGCCGGGCCGCCUCCGACUCGGAGGACGACGAGCAGGGCACGGAGGAGGUCCGGUUGAAAUUGGAAGAAGCCAAGGAGGUUCAGAGCCUGAGGAGGAGGCCCAAUGGCGUCAGCGCCGCAGCCUUACUGGUCGGUGAGAGAGUCCAAGAAGAAACGACACUCGUGGACGAUCCGUUCAAGAUCAAGACCGGCGGAAUGGUGGACAUGAAGAAGCUGAAGGAGAGGAGCAAGGAUCGGAUCAGCGAAGAGGAAGACCUCAACCUAGGAACGUCUUUUUCUGCAGAAACCAAUCGGCGGGACGAAGACGCCGACAUGAUGAAGUACAUUGAGACGGAGCUGAAGAAAAGGAAGGGGAUUGUGGAAAACGAGGAGCAGAAGGUGAAGCCGAAGAACGCAGAGGACUGUCUGUAUGAGCUCCCCGAGAACAUCCGCGUCUCGUCGGCCAAGAAGACCGAAGAGAUGCUGUCCAACCAGAUGCUGAGCGGCAUCCCCGAGGUGGACCUGGGCAUCGACGCAAAGAUAAAAAAUAUCAUUUCGACGGAGGACGCCAAGGCCCGCCUGCUAGCUGAGCAGCAGAACAAGAAGAAAGACAGCGAAACGUCCUUCGUCCCGACCAACAUGGCCGUGAAUUACGUGCAGCAUAACCGAUUUUAUCACGAAGAGCUGAACGCGCCGGUGCGAAGGAACAAAGAGGAGCCCAAAGCUCGACCCCUGCGGGUGGGAGAUACCGAGAAGCCGGAGCCUGAGCGUUCCCCUCCAAACCGUAAGCGGCCACAUAAUGAGAAAGCGACCGACGACUAUCAUUACGAGAAGUUCAAGAAGAUGAACAGAAGAUACUGACGUCUUCCGGCUGAGAGGAGAUGUAGGGGACCCUUUUGGGCCCGGAGGUUUUCUUUUUCCAUCGAGCUCCAGGUGGAGUGUAAGUAUUAGAGAGAACGGGGAUCAUCUGUUCUCGAGGUACUUGUCACCUGCUGGCGCGGUGGAUCUUUAACUUGGCCGUCUUCCCUCCUGGGGAAGAGUGAAUUGCCCUUCUCGAUGAGGGAAAUUCCAGUGUAAAUAAAUUGCCCUGCUGUCGACA